AUGUCAGCAACAAGGGGUUCUAUCGAUAACCGCUACAUGUGGCUCGGUCUUUACUUUGCUUUCAAUCUCGGCCUCACCCUUUACAACAAGGCAAUAUUACUCGACUUCCGUUACCCAUGGACCCUUACGGCCAUUCACACCUUGUGCGGCUCAAUCGGUUGCUACAUCUUGUACUUUUUGGGCUACUUCACUCCUGUGAAAUUAAAGGAGCAGGAGAACAUGGUCAUGCUAAUGUUCUCGGUCUUGUACACCAUCAACAUUGCCAUUAGCAACGUCUCUCUCAAUCUGGUAUCAGUGGCUUUCCAUCAAGUGGUGCGAGCAAUGACACCCGUAUUCACGGUGAUGAUCUCGAUUAUGUUUUUGCAAAAGUCUUAUUCAACCCUAACGUAUUGGUCUCUAUUGCCGGUCGUCGUCGGUGUCGGCUUUGCAACCUUUGGUGAAUACGGAUAUACGGCAAUGGGCUUUAUGCUAACCGUUCUCGGUACAAUCCUCGCUGCUGUGAAGACUGUUGUCACCAACCGUAUCCUUGUUGGUCGUCUCAAGCUUGAACCUUUGGAUCUUUUAUUACGCAUGUCGCCUCUUGCUUUCGUUCAAUGCGUCAUUUACGCUUUCAUGACAGGCGAACUUGAACGUGUACAAGAAUUCUCUGCUGCCAACAUGACUGUAGGCUUGGCUACCGGUUUGUUGAUCAAUGGUGCCAUGGCAUUUGGUCUCAACAUUGUCAGCUUCACCGCCAACAAAAAGACAAGCGCCCUUACUAUGACAGUGGCCGGCAAUGUCAAACAAGUGCUUUCCAUUGUCCUUGCCGUCGUCAUCUUUAAGCUCGACAUCAAUGCCACUAAUGCAUUUGGUAUCAUUCUGACUUUGAUUGGUGGUGCCUGCAAGGUGGAACUAUCGGAAAAGGCAAACAAGGCCAAGCAGGCCGUUCUUCCUGUAUCUCAACCCAAUGACGAUGAAAAGGAUCAUGUCAACACCAGCCGCUAA